AUGAAUACUGAUAAAUCAAUAAGAAUGCUUGCAUGUUGGAAGGAUCAACGAAGACCAGUUUUAAUAAAAAUUGAUGAUGAUAUAUCAACAAUCGAAAAAACUAUUAUUAAUGUCUUCCAAUUGCAGCAAGUGAAUAAUUUUUAUGAAUAUCAAAUUCAAUAUUAUGAUCAUGAUUAUGAAAGAUUUGUUGAUUUAUAUUCUGAAACAUUACAUUUAUUUCAACAAAAUUUAUAUAAACUUUUAGCACUCGAAGCACCACAAAAAUCAUCAAAACAAUGGACUUUAAAAGUUGUUUCGAAAACCAUUGAAACUAUACGUCAUAGAUUAGGUGAAUCAAUAACUGAUGAUACAUAUAGUUAUCAACAAGAAAAUGAUCGAACAGAAUUAACUGUCAACGAAAAUAAUGUAUCUAUAAAACAUCAUAUUGAACCAUCUUCACUUUCAGGAAUCCAUAAUCCAGAAACUUUGCCCAGAUCUCAAACAAGUCAAUAUAAUAAUAAUGAUCAACUAUUACGAUCAUAUACAUCUAAUGGUGAAUUACCUAUUAUACAUAAUCAUCCAUACGGUUUUGGCUUUGAUUCAUAUCUUGCCAAAUAUCAACGAUUACAAUUUGAAAGUGACAUGUUUCGUAAAAGCUCUGCAAGACCAAUCAUUGGUGGUGUUCUACUUCGAGCAUCUUCUAAACCGGAUGCAACUACAACCAAUGAUACACUUUAUCCAACUGUUCACUUUCGAAUUCCAAAUGAUCAACUUCAUCAUUCAUGGUUUAUUUAUAUUUACAUAUUAACUGAAGCAGAUGCAAAUAGUAUUCAUUAUUUACAUGCAUCAAAAGGUAUAUUUGAUAAUAUCACAAAACCUGAAGAUAAAUUCGGCAUCAUUCUAACUACAGAAUUAGUUAAUCCAUACGUUGUUCAAUUAUCUCAAAGUGAACUUCGCGAUGGAAAAUUUGAACUUCGCAUAAAAGUUUGCAAUGUAAGAAAUUUAUCGAUACUUAAACACGAAUAUUUACGAAAAUUUCCUCAAUUACAUACUCUUCUAAUUCAUGAUGAUGAAAAAUUAUUAUCGAAACAAACAACAUUUAAUUUAAAUUUUUCAAAUGAAAAAUAUCAUCUUGGAUGCAUUCUUGUUCAAAAUAACGUAGCCCAAGAUCUAUGUAUAUCAAAUUCAACGAAUACUGAUAAUCAUCGCAAACGUAAUGAUACUGAUCAAUCAAGACAACAAGAUGAUGAGUUACUAGCAAAGAAGCAGAAACAAGAAUAA